GAUCAAGCUGCGGCAGCGGUGAGCCGGUGAUCAGCUAAGGUCCGUCCGUCCAACCACCGUCCUCCUCCCCCAUCCCUCGCCGCCGAUCUCCAUUCCCCGGCUAGCCAGAACCCAACACCCGCGCACCGUUCGCGCACCGCUCGCCGCGCCGCGCCGAGCACGCACCGCGCGCGUCGUUCUCGUCACGCAUUUGGCCGAUCUUGGCGCGCCGCGGACACGUAGGCCAGCCCAGCGGCCGCGCGCCUACGUGCCGGGGACGGGACCCGCAGAUAUCAUUUCUCGCGCACCUGGAAACACUUGACACUCGCUUGCUUGCCUACAAACCCCAGAUCAGGGAGUCAUUCAGUCAGAGACAAACAUAAAGGGAGACGGAAAGGAAACACGAAACCCAGCCAGCAAGCUAAAAUACACCGCUAGUCCGGCUAAAAAGAGGGAAGGCCCUGAUCGCGGGGCUUUGCGUCGCCGUCGUCAUCGUCGGCGCGCAAGCGCGGGCGUGUCAUGAGCCAGCGCCGCGCCCGUCGGGCGAUUCCCCCACCCGCCGCGCCGCCACCGCUGCUCCUGGCAGCCGCCCUGCUCGCGCUGCUCUCCCUCGCUGGCCGCCUCGGCUGCGAUGCGGCAGCAGCGGAGGCGGAUGCGCCGCCGGACUACGGCGCCGCGCUGUCGAAGAGCCUGCUCUACUUCGAGGCGCAGCGGUCGGGGCGUCUGCCGUACGGGCAGCGCGUGCGGUGGCGCGGCCACUCGGGCCUCACGGACGGGCUGCAGCAGGGGGUGGACCUUGUCGGCGGCUACUACGACGCCGGCGACCACGUCAAGUUCGGCCUGCCCAUGGCCUUCACCGUCACCAUGCUCGCCUGGGGCGCCAUCGAGUUCGGCGACGACGUCCAGGCCGCCGGGGAGUGGGGGCACGCGCUGGAGGCCAUCAAGUGGGGCACCGACUACUUCGUCAAGGCGCACACCGAGCCAUUCGUCUACUGGGCAGAGGUGGGGGACGGCGACACGGACCACUACUGCUGGCAGCGGCCGGAGGACAUGACGACGUCGCGGCAGGCGUACCGCGUGGACAAGGACAACCCGGGAUCCGACCUCGUCGGCGAGACGGCCGCGGCGCUCGCCGCCGCGUCCCUCGUCUUCCGCCGCUCCGCCGAACACCACGACUACGCGGACCUCCUGCUCCGGCACGCGCGGCAGCUGUUCGAGUUCGCGGACACGUACCGGGGCAACUACGACAGCAGCAUCAAGCAGGCGCACAGCUUCUACACCUCCGUCAGCGGCUACCGGGACGAGCUGCUCUGGGCCGCCUUCUGGCUGCACCGGGCCACGGGCGACGACGCCUACCUCCGCUACGCCGUCGACGGGGCCCGCGGUCCCCUCGGAGGCGGCGCCGGGUGGCACAUGACCGAGUUCAGCUGGGAGAACAAGUACGCCGGACUACAGGUCCUCGCCGCCAAGCUGCUGCUGGACGGCGAUCCGCAGGGGGCGCAGCACCGGGCGGUGCUGGAGCAGUACAAGGCGAAGGCGGAGCACUACCUGUGCGCGUGCCUCGGCCGGAACAACGGCAGCAACGUGCACCGCAGCCCCGCCGGGAUGCUCUACGUGCGCCAGUGGAACAACCUCCAGUACGCCUCCAGCGCCGCCUUCCUCCUCACCGUCUACUCCAGCUACCUCGCCCGCGCCGGCGAGAGCCUCCGCUGCCCCGACGCGCCGGAGGUGCCGCCGUCCGAGCUGCUGGCCCUCGCGCGGUCGCAGGCCGACUACAUCCUCGGCCGCAACCCGCUGCGGAUGAGCUACAUGGUCGGCUACGGCACCCGGUUCCCGUUGCGCGUGCACCACCGCGCCGCGUCCAUCGUCGCACACAAGGCCGACAACCGCUUCAUCGGGUGCGUGCAGGGCUUCGACGACUGGUUCGGCCGCGACCAGCCGAACCCCAACGUGCUCGUCGGCGCCAUCGUCGGCGGGCCCAACCGCCGCGACCAGUUCAGGGACGGCAGGAAGUACUACAUGCAGACCGAGGCGUGCACCUACAACACCGCGCCCAUGGUCGCCGUCUUCGCCAGGCUGCACCGCCUGUCGACGAUGGCGGCGGCGGAGAACUCCUCGUCAGAUUCGGAGGGGUGCCGCCCAGGCCUAGGGACGGCACUCUCAGCCAAGUGUAGAUAAACUAAGGUGCUCCUGCAGGUAUAAUUAGCUUGGGCGGGAAAUUCUUUUUCUUUCUCGUAUACGAACUUACUUCCAUAUAAGAUUUUUUCCAAGUGUUAAUAUGAGAAAGAGUUACUUAGUGAAAGAAAAGAACAGGCAUAGUGUCUAGUGGACGAACAAUAAUAACGAAAUCGAUCGGGUGGGUGAAAGAUUAGGUACUUGUAUUCUCAAGUUAGUUAGGUGUUUCAGAAAGCAAAUUUAAAGGACUUGUGUCAUCUUUA